UGGGCAAGCCGAUAGGGCGGUUUCACGAUGACGUGUAAUGAAGGGGACGGAAGAGCGCCGUGUAACUAAUCCCACGUGUUGUGUGUACGGAACGUAGCUGCUGCUGUGAUGGGGAAAAGACCGGGGAAUAAAGCGGCUGGACCGGGCAAUAAAGCGACUGGACCGGCUGCCCGGGCCGGUGCGGAGCGUCCCCGCGGAAAUGUAAAGAAAAAGACAAAUUCCAAACCCGAGCAUUUGGAUACUCAGGAAAUCCCAUUCAAGCUGCGAGAGAUUAUGAGGAGCCGGAUGGAGAUGAACAAACCAAAGAAAAAGAGGAAGCAAGCGCGGAAACCAAGGCCACAAAAUGAAGGGUUGCAGACGGACAUUCCGGUGCCGAAGUUCAAGAGGGAGAGAAACGAAACGGUGGGCGCCUACCUGAACCGCAUGAACCGGGAGACCCAGCAUGUGCUCUUCCUCACCAAGAACCAGCUGGAGCGCCAGCCUGAGAUGGAGCUGGACGAUAAGGGAGAGCUUCCCAAGAAGGAGGAGGUGGAGGUCCCAAAGAAGCAGAAGUCUGAGAAGAGGAAGAAGUUUGAUCGGAAGUGUUUGGAUAAAUUUGUUCGGCGAAAGGAGGAGAAAAAAGUGGCUCGUCUGGAAGAGGAAAUGUUCAAAGAUGAAGUGAUGUUCGGUGAAGUAGUGAUGGAGCCCCCGGUUCUGACAGUGAGGCCAAGAAAAGGUCCAGCCGAAAAAAAGGCAGGAGAGAAACAGCUUUUCCUGACGAAAUUCUUCGACAAGGGGAGCGCUCCGUCCAAUCCUCCUCCCAUGUCUAUGGCCAGGAAGAGAAUAGUAGAGGAAGAGCGCGAGCGGGUCGUCAACGCCUACCGGGAGCUGAAGAAGAGAAGACUGCAGCAAGCCGCCGGUUCCAAACCCUCCAGAUCUGGUCCCAAACCCUCCAGAUCUCCCCACACAUGAGGGACCAUCUCUGGUCUGAUGUGGACAGUUUAUAGGACCAUUUUUCUGUGGACAGAUGGGAGGGUUCUCUGAUUGGAACUGGUACACAUCCUGAGUACAUCUGACCACAUUGUCAUCUAAGACCUCCGGCAGUUAAGGGCGGGCAUAGCCCAUGAUUGAUGGGUACCUCUGUAAAAAGUGCUGCCAUGUUGCGUUCAUUUUUAAUAAUGUGCUGUCAUGUUGCGUUUUGGUGGGCUGAUGUUCUAGAUCAGUAUCUCCAAAACUUUUAGGGUCACGUUGCGGAUUUUACAAAUAUCCCCCCCCCUACUUCUAGGAGUGCCCAUCAGACUCCGCCCCACAUCGAGGACUGCCUAUCAGGAGGACUGGGUAAGGGGCAUGACUGGCAAUCUCUAUACUAUCACCCCCCCACACAUAUGCAAUUGGGGAGCCCAGUAUUUGAUCCAGCGGUGGUGCCGGGUUUUCAUAGAGCUGGCUGAGGACUAGAAGAUUCCCGGGCCCUCUCCAUGGUCAAGGACAGGGAUCUCCAAAACGACGGCCCUCCAGCUGUUGUGGAACUACACAUCCCAUGAGGCAUUGUAAAAUUCUGACGUUCCCAGGCAUGACGGAAAGAAAGAGAAAAAAACUCCUGAACUGCCGCACUCCAUCAAAGGCGUCUUUAUUUUAUAAAACCAAUGUACCGUAUAUACUCGAAUAUAAGCCGAGGCAUCUAAUUUUACCACAAAAAAAUGGGAAAACUUAUUGAC